CAGUCCUGUCCUGUUACAUAACUAGUUGCGUUGUAACGUCCAAAACCUUCUGCAAGGCUCCUAAAAUCAUGGCUCAUCUUUUUGCAGUCGUUUUGCUUAUUUUUGUUGUCUUUCCACCACAAUUUAUCAGCGGCAACAUCUUUCCUUUCUGUUCUUCCAACCCAAACAAGUAUUACGGACCUAAAUUACCAAGUUUUCCCGAGGCGUUUGAAGCAAGUGUCGAAGUGAAUAUUGUUGACAGGAACUACACUGUUCUCUAUGCUGAAUACUAUGACAAGAACGCAAAUAAAGGUGCCCUGAGGAAGAUCAAGAAUGGAAGGUCCACAUACAACAUUUAUAACUACAAUGAGAAUGAGAUGAUGGUGAUCGAUGAAGGGAAUCGAAACUGUUCUCUGCAAAAUAUCACGGACAUCCAUCGAUACCCUUUCUUCGGAAGAAACGGUUCCCAAAUUGAAGGAAUGGCCGACUUGUUCCGCUUUGGUUCCAGCUAUAACGAAACGUUUAUCGGCAAUGAAACAGUCCGUGGAAUAUCAUGCUACCACUGGCAGACAUGCAUCAAUCAUCAUAAUCAUUCUUAUCUCCUCGAUUACUAUUUCUCUAUUCCUGAUUGGUCAAUGGCUCAUGGUUCUGGCAAUAUGCAAGUUGUCCGUGCCACCAUUAAUGGUACCACGACCCAUACCUAUCACUCUGGUGGCAGCCUUCCUGAAAAUUCCACUCGUUCAUUCUACCAUGUGUAUGACUUUUUUUCCUUCAAGCCAGGACCACCACCACCAUCUGUCUUUGAACUUCCAAGGGGAGUGUUUUGUGCUGGGAUGAAGGAUAGAAAACCUUUGCCAGAGAUGAAAUCUGUUUUCAGCGUUGAGAUAGAGUCAUUAAAUAUGGUCAACAAAUCAGUCUUUUAUAUGARGGAAUAUUAUGAUGUUGAUCGUAACAUUGCCAUGUUCAAGUACUAUGAUCAUCGUCACCAAAGUUACGGAGAGACACACAUGAUUCAUGACUUCACCCAUGGUGUAAUCUACAAUAUUUCAGGGUCUGUCUGUCAAAAUGUUACUAUCUUGUCCCCCAAUAACACCUGGGAAGGAAAAGAAACAGCUGAUCACCAUAUUAGGAUGAAGACUUCAUCUGAGAUGGUUUUCUCAAAUAACAAGUCCGCAAUGAUAUACACUGGGUCCACCACAGUGCGUGGCAUUGAUGCCGAUGUGUGGAUAGUAAAGAAGGAAACUUGGCACAGAGGAUAUAAACAGGAGAUUACUAGCGAGUACUAUUUCUCAAAGAAGCCCUGGAAUGUGCUAGCUGGCACCCUUAGCAACCUGUCACAUGUGUUGCUAAGGAUUGAUAUACAUAACCAGGUAACAGGCCGGUACCACAGGAUAAAUAUCUUCAACUACGAUCCUGAAACAGUUCCACUCUCUGUGUUCAACAUUAAUCCAUGUUUUGUUAAUAACCGGGCUGUCAUUUCAAUCAAACUGAAGGGUGACAUAAUGGGAGACGUGUCCAAGUAUGAGACUCAGUUUAAUGUUGGCGUUAGGAACAGUGUUGCCAAAGCUGCAGGGGUUUCAAAUCUCAGAGUGGAUAAUGUUAGGAAUGGAAAGAGCUCAGAGUACAUCCAAAUUUGGUUCACACUUCUUGGUAAGCCGCCCGUCACGUCACCUUAUGUGAAAGAAGUAGUAGAGAAGAACCUAACAGAAGCAAUAGAGGUAUUGAGAAAGACUGUGCAGGAAGGAGAAUUGGAAAUUAUGUGGAACAUGCCUGGCAAAGGAAAAAUGACCAAGAAAGCUGAAAAAUUCUUCUAUGACUCCAUGGAUAUUGACAGCCCCACCUCCUCUCCCGUCAGCCCAACAGAUCAUGGAGGUAAAAAGGGGAAGAAGAAGGGAGGAGUGCCUGGRGGUGCCGUGGCAGGCAUUGCUUUCUUGAUGAUUGCAAUUGGUAUCUGUAUUGGCCUGGGAAUUGCCCACAUCAUUAUGAAGCGACGUGGUACAAGCCUUUUCCAGUACCAACGACAGGAAUGAGAAAAUGAAGGGCAUUGUUGAGCCCUGUGGCUUUUGUGUAGUUUUAAAAAAUAUCCAUACUGUACGUUACCCCACCCCCUUAGAGGGGUAAGUUGUUGAUAUACACUCACUAUCACUAUAACCAUUAUCACCAUGACAACUAGCACUAGAACUACACUUCAAAGAUGAUUUGAUUGAGGUUUAAGAUGCAAUUUUGCAACAUGUUUUGUAACCCCCAUAUUUAUUAUUCAGCCAACACAGUCCAAUUAUCUUAAAAAUAAUAACACAUUCUAGGACUUCAAUUUAGCCUAGAGACAUUUGUUGUGGUUUUUAGCUUGCAUCAAAUAUCAAAAGAAUACCUAAACUCCGAAAUUUGAUUGACAGAAGCAUAAUUACCCAGGUCAAUAUUUCCAUCUCUAGCUGGUUGUCUGUGAUGUGUAAUUAUGUAUUAAGAUGGCAGAGUACGCUGGAUUACCUUUGCAUACUAAAACACUUUGUUUUCUUGUUUUUGAUAUUAUUUAUUCAUAUUAUUUUAUAAUUUUCACACAAACAAAAUUAUAUAUAAAAGUAAGACAAGGACAUUAUAAAUAAUAGACAGCUAUUACCAACAUGUUAUGCAAUAAUCUUUGAUUUAAAAACCAAAGAUGCAAUGCAAAGCUUAAAUUGUUAGAGAAGAUUUAUAUUUCGGUGGCCUCAAGGGUCUCUGCUUGAUGCGUGUUGGGAUAGCACCAAAAUUAGCUGUAUGAUCAAUUAUCACUGCAUUAUGUGUGAUAGGUCAAACAUUUUCGCAGUGACGCAUCCUUUCAAAAUUCAGUGUGAAGUCUUAUGGGAUCCCUUUCUUUGCGACCCUGAUAUUGUAGUGAAAAAAAAAAAAUCAAAAGGACAAU